CCAUAUUGCCACUAACCUUUAGCGGUUUCCUCAUCUUCUUCUACUCUUCUUUCAUUUCUUGUUUCUCUCAAACCCCAAGAAAAACAAACAAUUAAGUUUCAAAAAAAAAAAAAAAAAGAAAAACAAACAAUUACAGCAAGGAGAGGAAUAUGGGAGACAAGGAAGAGGUCCUUGAGGCUGUUCUGAAAGAAACUGUGGAUCUGGAAAAUGUGCCUAUUGAAGAAGUUUUUGAGAGUCUGAGAUGUAGCAGAGAAGGUCUCACUACAGCAGCUGCUGAUGAGAGGCUUGCCCUCUUUGGUCACAACAAGCUAGAAGAGAAAAAGGAAAGCAAAUUCUUCAAAUUUCUAGGGUUCAUGUGGAACCCUCUUUCAUGGGUGAUGGAAGCUGCUGCCAUCAUGGCCAUUGCUCUUGCUAAUGGAGGAGGGAAGCCUCCUGAUUGGCAAGACUUUGUUGGUAUCAUAACUCUGCUUGUGAUAAACUCCACCAUCAGUUUCAUUGAGGAGAACAACGCUGGGAAUGCUGCUGCUGCUCUCAUGGCACGUCUUGCUCCCAAAGCAAAGGUACUGAGAGAUGGAAGGUGGGGUGAGCAGGAUGCUGCAAUCCUUGUUCCUGGAGACAUUAUCAGCAUCAAGCUUGGGGACAUUGUACCUGCUGAUGCUCGCCUUCUCGAGGGUGACCCUCUUAAGAUUGAUCAGUCUUCUCUUACUGGUGAAUCUCUCCCAGUAACCAAAGGUCCAGGGGAUGGUGUGUACUCAGGCUCCACUUGCAAACAAGGAGAGCUUGAAGCAGUUGUGAUUGCAACUGGAGUCCACACCUUCUUUGGCAAAGCUGCUCAUCUUGUUGAUACAACCAACCAAGUUGGCCAUUUUCAACAGGUCUUAACUGCCAUUGGGAACUUCUGCAUCUGCUCUAUAGCAGUGGGGAUGUUAAUUGAGAUUGUUGUAAUGUAUCCAAUUCAACACCGAGCAUAUCGCCCUGGGAUUGAUAACCUUCUUGUCCUUCUCAUUGGUGGUAUCCCGAUUGCCAUGCCUACGGUUCUGUCUGUGACCAUGGCUAUUGGCUCUCAUAGACUAUCUCAGCAGGGAGCUAUAACCAAGAGGAUGACAGCUAUUGAGGAAAUGGCUGGCAUGGAUGUGCUUUGCAGUGACAAGACCGGAACAUUAACAUUAAAUAGACUCACUGUGGACAAGAAUCUCAUAGAGGUUUUCACAAAGGGAGUGGAUGCGGAUACUGUUGUCCUAAUGGCAGCUCAAGCCUCCAGACUUGAAAACCAAGAUGCCAUAGAUGCUGCUAUUGUUGGGAUGCUUGCUGACCCUAGAGAGGCAAGAGCUGGUGUUAGAGAGGUUCACUUUCUUCCGUUCAACCCCACUGAUAAGAGGACUGCUCUGACGUAUAUUGACAGUGAUGGUAAAAUGCAUAGGGUCAGCAAAGGUGCACCUGAGCAAAUCCUAAGUCUAGCGCACAAUAAGUCAGAGAUUGAGAGAAGAGUUCAUGCUGUUAUAGACAAGUUUGCUGAAAGGGGUUUGAGAUCUCUUGCCGUGGCAUACCAGGAAGUUCCUGAAGGGAGCAAGGAAAGUGCUGGAGGCCCUUGGCAAUUUGUGGGUCUCAUGCCUCUCUUUGACCCACCUAGGCAUGACAGUGCUGAGACUAUUAGAAGGGCUUUAAAUCUUGGAGUGAAUGUCAAAAUGAUCACAGGUGAUCAGUUAGCUAUAGGAAAGGAGACAGGACGGCGUUUAGGGAUGGGGACAAACAUGUACCCUUCAUCUGCUUUGCUUGGACAGAACAAGGAUGAGUCUAUAGGUGCUUUACCUGUAGAUGAUCUCAUAGAAAAAGCUGAUGGCUUCGCUGGCGUCUUCCCUGAGCAUAAGUAUGAGAUAGUGAAGAGAUUGCAAGCAAGGAAGCAUAUAUGUGGAAUGACUGGUGAUGGAGUAAACGAUGCACCUGCUCUUAAAAAAGCUGAUAUUGGCAUUGCGGUUGCUGAUGCAACUGAUGCAGCUCGUAGUGCUUCGGACAUUGUUUUGACUGAACCUGGUCUCAGUGUUAUCAUCAGCGCUGUCUUGACCAGCCGUGCUAUCUUCCAGAGAAUGAAAAACUAUACCAUCUAUGCUGUUUCCAUCACAAUCCGUAUUGUUGUAAGUUACCAUUUGUUUUUACUUUCUUUCUCAUUACAACUUGAUAAUCAUCAUAUAUAUGCUGCUUACUGGUUUCAGCUUGGCUUCAUGCUGCUUGCUCUCAUAUGGAAGUUUGACUUCCCACCUUUCAUGGUUCUUAUCAUAGCAAUCCUUAACGAUGGAACUAUAAUGACAAUAUCAAAGGAUAGGGUGAAACCUUCUCCUCUUCCAGAUAGCUGGAAACUGUCUGAAAUUUUUGCAACUGGCGUUGUGUUUGGGAGCUACAUGGCAAUGAUGACAGUUAUAUUCUUCUGGGCUGCAUAUAAAACCGACUUCUUCCCUCGAACUUUCGGAGUGUCUACCCUUGAGAAAACAGCACAUGAUGAUUUCAGGAAGCUUGCCUCAGCAAUAUACCUACAAGUCAGCAUUAUAAGUCAGGCGCUUAUCUUUGUGACCAGGUCAAGGAGCUGGUCUUAUGUGGAACGUCCUGGGUUGCUGCUUGUGAUAGCCUUUAUCCUUGCACAAUUGGUGGCUACACUAAUUGCAGUCUAUGCAAAUUGGAGCUUUGCUGCUAUUGAAGGGAUAGGGUGGGGAUGGGCUGGAGUCAUUUGGCUUUACAACAUUGUGUUCUACAUUCCUCUUGAUAUCAUCAAGUUCUUGAUUCGUUAUGCACUUAGUGGCAGAGCUUGGGAUCUUGUUAUUGAACAGAGGAUUGCAUUCACAAGGAAGAAGGAUUUUGGGAAAGAACAAAGGGAGUUACAAUGGGCGCAUGCACAGAGGACUCUGCAUGGCCUUCAAGCACCAGAUGCUAAGAUGUUCCCAGAGCGAACCCAUUUCAACGAGCUUUCUCAAAUGGCUGAAGAAGCUAAGAGAAGAGCAGAGAUCGCUAGGUUGAGGGAGCUUCACACACUCAAGGGUCACGUUGAAUCUGUCGUGAGACUUAAAGGUCUUGACAUUGAAACCAUUCAGCAGUCCUACACAGUCUGAUAUAGAAGCCUUAGAGACUGUCUCAGUGUCCUUCAAUAAAAGUUAUAUCUCUGGUUUGAAAACUUCAAUACAAGUUAUAUUAUGCAUAUAAGUAUCGAAUUCCUAAGUAGUGUUUUUGUUGUGUUUGCUUUUAUUUUUAAGUUUGUUUUGUUGUGUGAUGACAGAAUGACCAGAAGUAGAAACACAAUCCUUAAAUGCAAAAAGACAAAUUGUUAUUGUGUAA